AUGGACUCAUUAUAAAUACAGAAGUAACUUAUGGUUGAGUAAUUGAACAAAUUGGAAUACAUGGAUAAAAUCCUACCAUUGCACAAGGAUGAAGUUUAAGCAGAGAAGAAAUUGUAGGUUUAGAUAAAUAGUCUGAAUUUCAAAAGGAUAAUCGAAGGAUAAGAGAAUAAUAAAUUGAUGGCAGAAAUAGAAGAGUCGAAAUUAGAUGUUUAAAAGAGUAGACAUAAGGCAUUUUAGAAAUAUUUUACAUCAUUUAUGACAGAUAAGUAAUAGCAAGAUGUGAAUAUUCUUGAAUUCAAUUAAAGUGAUUUUGAAGUUUUUUAAUAAAUGAAGGAGAGAUAAAGAUAAUUGGCAUAAGAAGAUCUAACGAUAGCACGUUAGAAGGAGAAGAGCAAUUAAAUAUUUGAAUAGAACUUAAUGAAGAAAUGGGAUAGAGUUAGGAAAAGUAGUAUAUUGAGUUAUUCUAAGAAUUACGAAUGAUAGGGAGAAUGAAAAGAUUAUAUGAUGAAGUAAAAUUGUAUGGUACAAGUUGUAGAGUGGAAACAUCAAUAAAGAGACAUGAAGUGAUCUAGGAAUUGGAGUAAAUGUUAAAUAAAUAGAAUCAAUAGAUAAGUAAACCGAUGCCAUAGAAAAAUAGUAUAAAUGAUAUAAUAAUAUAGAACACUUAUUCUUGCCAGAUUCAUAAUUUAAAAAGUAUUGGCAAUAUGUUCUAAUGAUUCUAUUGAUGUAUACAGCAUUUAUUACUCCAAUUCGAUUAGCAUUCAUAGAAGAAUUCAAUAUGAUAUGGUUUACUUUGGAAUUAAUAGUAGAUAUGUUAUUUUUAUUGGAUAUCUUAAUCACAUUUAAUACAGCAUAUUUUAAUGAAGAAGGAGUUCUUAUAGCCGAUCGUUAAUAGAUUGCUAUAUAAUAUUUAAGAACAUGGUUUAUUUUCGAUUUAAUGGCAAUAUUUCCUACUGAUUAAAUUUUUAAUAACGAAGCAUAAAAAUUAUCAUAAUAUUUUAAGUAUUGAAAUGAUAUAAAUAAAAUAGAUUGACACGAUUGCCGAGAAUGUAUAAAUUGAUAAGUAUUAGUAGAAUGUGGUCAACAGUAUAGAAUUCUUAGAAUCAUAAUGAUUGUUUUUCAGCAAUUUAAGAUUUAAUAAAUUUAAAUUCAACUACUGUAAGAGUAUUGAAGUUCUUUGGAACAGUUCUUGUUUGUGUUCAUGUAAUGGGUUGUCUUUGGUAUUUGGUUGCAAAACUAAAUAAUUUUGAGCCAAAUACAUGGGUCUAUGAAUUGGAUUUACUAAACAGAAGUGAAUAUGAAUUGUAUUUAACAUCAAUAUAUUGGGCUGUGGCUACUAUAUGUACAGUAGGAUUUGGAGAUAUCCAUGCCUUUAAUGAUAGUAAAGCAUGAAUAUUUACUUAGCUGAAAGAAUUGUUUGUAUAUUUUGGAUGUUUUUCGGAGUUGGCUUUUACUCCUUUACCGUUGGUUCUCUAUCGACUUUAAUGGGUACCUUAGAUACUAGAGAAUCUCAUCUAUAGAGCAAGAUUACAUUCAUGGACGAAUUUUGCGAAGAGACCAGAUUAUCAUUACAAAUGAAACACAAAAUUAGAAAGGUAUUAGAAUAUAAUUCAAUGAUUAACAUAUUCUCAUCUGCUGAAGUUGAUGAAUUUCUAUCAGAAAUACCUACUAAUCUUAAAUAUUAAAUUGCAUAAGCUAUGUAUGCUGGUCUUAAAAAUAGAGUAUCUUUUUUUAAAAAUAAAGAUUCCGUCUUUAUAUCUACACUCAUACCCAAAUUAUAACCAUUGAAAAUUAAUGCUGGAGAAUUCGUAUAUAAUAAAGGAGAAUAUCCAAAUCAAGUCUAUUUCAUCGUUAAUGGAAGAGUCAAUAUGGUUAUAGGUGUCUAUUCCAUCACUUUUAAAACUUAUGUAACAGGUAGUUAUUUUGGUGAAAUUGAAAUCUUUGAUAAUAGUGCACGAUUUCAUUCUGCUAGAGCUGAAUUAGAAUGUGAAUUAUUAGCUAUUGAAUAGGAUGUAUUUAAAAAAAUAUUGUAAGCCUUCCCAGAAUAUUUUGAAGAAAUUAAAGCUAUCUCUUUAGAAAAAUUAAAAAGAGAAAAAGAUUCCAUUGAAAAAUUAUAAGAUCUAACUGGAUUAUCAUAAACCUCUGAAUUCUUUAAUAAAAAAAGAACUCAAUCUAUCUACAAAUCAAUUAAAUAAAGAGAAUCUGUUCAUUUCAUUGAUAAUAGUGAAGAAUCUGAAUAAGAUGUUAAAUCACAAAAAUAAAGUAAACCAAGUUUCUUUAAAAAGAAAACUAAUCAUCUAAUACCAGAAGAAACACUUACUACAAGAUUACAUACAUAAGAAGAUACUUCUUAAAAAAAUCUUGUUAUUUCUGAAAGUCAUUAAAAAAAUUAAUAACUAGAAAAAGUUAUAACCUUAUCAAUUCCAGAUUAAAUUAAAAGAGAUGCUGAAUAACAUAAUAUUAAAUUAUUUGGAUAAAUCCCUCCUGUAAUAUCUUAAUUCAAUGAAGAUCUUACAUAAUCUAAUAAUCUUUAAAAUAAUCCCAGAAUUAAAAGUGAAGAACCAAAUCGUCCUCCUAAAUAAGUUAGAUACAUUAGUCACAAUCUAAGAUUUAGUCCAAAAAGAAAUGAGAAUAGAAAACCAUCCAUCCAAGUUUCAUCAGCUAUUGAUAUCACAGGUUCUGAUACACCAUUAAUCUCUUCAGUAAGAUCUAAUUUUAUUAAACCCUCCAUUAAAAUAGAUGAAGCAUCUCAUGAAUCAGAAGGCUCCAUUAAAAACUCUUCAAAUCCUUAAAAUACAUUAUCUAAUGCUUAAUCUCCUAAGAUUUCUCCAAGAAGAAAUUCUAUUCUAUCCAAAUUCCCUAAACCAUCUCCCUUUUAAAAAUAAUAGUCAAUCUUUAAAGCUGUUAGCAAUCAAUACAUUGAAGCUAGCAAACUUAAAAAUCUACCUAGAUUAGGUGGAUUUAGAAGAACCUAUAGAAAAGAAAGAGAAAUUGAAUAUCUGGAGGAAACUGUCGAAAAUGAGGAUUAUACUUAAUUACAAUAAAAAUUAGUAGAGUUAUUAGAAAAAAUAAAAAAAUAAAAAGAAUAAUAAAAGACUAAAAAAUCUAAAAUAUAAUUCAACAUUGUGAAUCCAUUGCCUAAAAAAAUUGUAUUGGAAUAAAAAGAUUCUAUUAGUAUUUCAGAUUUACCAGAUUUUGAAAAAUAAUAAUUAUCUAAAUAAGAUAGUAAUAGUAGUGGUAUAUUAGAAUGA